CCCUCCUCCAGGUCCAGGGCUCAUGCCUGGAGGAGCAGCCGACUGGAGCUGAUAUUCGGGAAGCUGAGCCUGAGGCUGCUCUGGAGGGCCGGGGAACGGGGCGGCCAGGCUUGGCACCCGCCUAAGGUGCAGUGAAGAGGAGGAAAGGCGACUCCGGAGCCCAGCAGGUGAGCGCUCCUACGGGGUGCUGGGCAGGCUAGAGGUGUGGGGGCGUCGGUUCCAGUACCUGCCCGGGACGACGCGGAAACCCAGCUUGCAGUUUGUUUCGCUGGGUCCCGUGCCCCCCAGGAGAAAGACGGCCCCAUAGCCUCGCCGGAGCCGCUUCUCGCAACCCAGCCGCCCCAAGCCCGCUGCCGCCGCCGCCGCUCCUCCCGCGCUUCUCGCCCCUGAUUCUAGAUGCAGCUGACCUGUUGCAUGCAGAAGAGCAGCCGCGUUCCGCGUUCCAAGCCUCUUCUCGCUGCUUUGCCCGCCACCAGAUCUGAGCGCCAGGAGUCCGGGGACUCUGCCUGCAAGCACCCAGAGAGCCCAGAGCCGCAGGAAGAAAUGUCAAAAGUACCAGAAGACAACUGGCCUUUCGACUCGGCGGACCCAGCGCCUCUACUUCGAGUCGCUACCCGAUUGGAGUGGGCUCAGAAUCAGUCUGCUGAAGGUCCCUGGAGCCCCCACCCCAGCGAAUCUGAGCCUUCAGCUUCAGCACCAGAGGCUGGACAGCGCCCCGGCCCUAGGGUGCCAAUGGUCGGUGCCUGCCUGCGCGCGGCUCAGCUUCCCAACCCCAGACCACUUGCGCUCGCGGCCCCUCAGACCCCAGGCGGAGGAGAUCAGGAGGUGACUCAGGUUCGCGGAAGAAUAGCUGCGCCUUUCGCCUGAAUUUUCAGUGACAAACAGAGAAGCUGAAUGGAUGGAGACAAUGACUCUCUAAUUCAGUGUAAGAGCUGAUUCAUCGCAUCCCAGGAAGACUUGUUGCAGGAUGGAAACUCUCUGACAGCAGCCUGGAAGAAGCUUUACUGCUGCUGCCCCGUUGGAAGAUUACUACCCAGGCUUCCCUUGCCCCAAGCAGUGAGCUGACUGGAAUGGUGCCCCGGGAGGCCCCUGAGUCUGCUCAGUGCCUGUGCCCUUCCCUCACCAUCCCCAAUGCCAAGGAUGUGCUUCGGAGAAGGCACAAGAGAAGGAGCCGACAGCACCAGAGGUUCAUGGCCCGGAAGGCCUUGCUGCAGGAGCAGGGGCUGCUGAGCAUGCCUCCAGAACCAGGGUCCUCCCCACUGCCCACACCUUUGGGGGCGGCGCCAGCUCCUGAAGCUGCCAGCAGUGGGAAGCAGUGUCCAAGGGCUGGUUCUGGUGCUGCUGCAUGCAGCAGGAGGCCUGACCCCAGGAAAGCCUCAGGGCCCUGGCCCAGCAAGUGUGUGGCUAUUGACUGUGAGAUGGUGGGCACGGGACCCCGAGGGCGGGUGAGCGAGCUGGCCCGCUGUUCCGUGGUGAGUUAUUAUGGCGAUGUUCUCUACGACAAGUACAUCAGGCCUGAGAUGCCCGUCGUUGACUACCGUACUCGCUGGAGUGGCAUCACACGCCAGCACAUGCGCAAGGCCAUCCCCUUCCAGGUGGCCCAGAAAGAGAUCGUUAAGCUCCUGAAGGGCAAGGUGGUGGUGGGGCAUGCACUGCACAACGACUUCCAGGCCCUCAAGUACGUCCACCCGCGGAGCCAGACCCGGGACACCACCUAUGUCCCCAACUUCCUCAGCCAGCCCGGCCUCCACACCCGGGCCCGGGUCUCUCUGAAGGACCUGGCCCUGCAGCUGCUGCACAAGAGGAUCCAGGUGGGCCAGCACGGGCACUCGUCAGUAGAAGAUGCCACGACGGCCAUGGAGCUGUACCGGCUGGUGGAAGUGCAGUGGGAACAGCAGGAGGCCUGCAGCCUCUGGACCCGCCCUGAGGACAGAGAACAUGACAGCAGCACAGACAUGGAGCAGUACAUGGAGGACCAGUACUGGCCCGAGGACCCGGCCCGCGGCAGCAGAGGCGGAGAUGGGGAAGCACAGGACAGAAGGGAUUGAGAAGGGGGUGGGGCUCCCUGGCUGGUCUGCCCAUGUGGCCGGUAGGAAGUGGGGGCCAGGACAGCAGCAGGCACUCCUUCUUGGGUAGAGUGGGGCAGGAUGCAGUGAGCCAGCCCCAGGGCCAGAGAUGUUGAGUCAUCUGUUAAGCUGACCCCGUCCGCUCACAGCAUAGCCCGCCAUCUCUCCAGGGCUGUUGGUUCUUUCUCCUGACUCCUGUGGUUUUGCUAAUGGCACUUUAUUGGCUCCAUGGAGAUGUCAGGUGGACCAUCUUCCAGGGCCCAGCAGGAGUAGGGAAUGUGGCAACUGAUCGCCCCGGUUGUCGCGGCCUUCCCCACCCCCCCAGAUCUCCUGAGUCACACUGUGCUACUGAAAGGGAUCAUAUCGCCCUCUCUGGGGAUGGGCGGUGGGGAUGUCAAUAUCCUGGAGCUCCCUUACCCCAGCUCAAUGACUGGGGGUAAAGUUCUCUUUUGUGGUCUACCUCUUCCUCCACUCAGUUUUGGGUUCAGAACAAAUAUGCCCUGAAGUUAAAGAGUUAAGUCCUAAAGGAGACAUUUCUUUCCCCCUCCCUGACCUGGAGCUCCGGCGAAGUAGGAACUCCGCUCCUCAUGGCCUGUCAGCUCCCUGCUAGGCUACAGUGGAACAGCAGAGUUCACAUGCUUCUUGUGGGGAGCUGGCCCCUUCACAUGCUUGGCAACAGAAGACCCCAGGCCCAGCUCAGGGAGGAGGGACGGCAGGUGAGCUUUGGACGAGACCCAGCAUAUUUAUUUUGACCCAAAUCAGGGAUUUCCCCAGUCCACCCAGUACUAGGCACUUAAGCAAAUGCAGAGACACAAGACAGCGUUUUGAAUUCUGGGCCUUUGUGCAGAACUGUGCCUGACCUUUAUUAAGAGCAGGGCCACUCGUCUCAGGGAGUGGAAUCUGUGUGUCUCCUGGGGUGGGGCGGGGCAUUGCCAGGGAAGCAGUGGCCUUGAACCUGGUCUGGUGCCCCCUCAGCUCAUUGACAAUCACUGUGGCUAAUGGGUUUUCUCCUAUUUCUAAAAAUGUUCUCUUGUUUCCUAAGUGACAGCUGUGAAGUAUUGGGUAACCAAGAGCUCAGGUCACACAGACCUUGGGGCCCCAUCUUUGCCGUCACUUAGCUCUGAGACCUUAGGCAAGUGAGGGGCGUCACUCUUGAGCCUGCUGUUUCCUCGUCUGUAAAAUGGGGAUGGUGGUACGGCUUACCUCGCAGGGUUGUAAUGAGCACUAAAUCUAAACCGUUUCACACGGUGCCUGGCGCGUGGUGAGCCACAGCCACUGUGAGCUUUGUUUUUCCUUUAUUUUUUAAGCCCAAAAUAGGGCCACAACAUUGUUUAUUCUUCGAGGAUUUGUUGGAACCUCUUCAGGAUAACCCGAGUCCACAGGCUGAACAGCUGUGGCUCACACAGAGCUGCUCCGGCUUUUGGCUGUUUCCAGCAGUGGUGGGGCACUGGCCUGGUGAGGACACAGAGGGAGGGUCACGGUUAUCCGUGUGUCUUGUCUGUGGCCAGCAGGUGCAGGUGUGGAUUCUGGUCAGGGUCCCAACACUGGGAGGUGACAACAGAGCAAAGCAGCACAGGGGACAGGGAGGUAGAAACAGUGCUGACGUCACACUACCCCACCUUCAGCUGAAGCCCCGCGUUCCACAAACAGGGUUCUAGAUUGUCCAGUCACUGGCUCCCUCCCUAUCAGGACAGCACAGAGAAAGGGGCUGGCUGAGUCUUACCACAUCUGGCCUGGCUCCAGGACUUGGUUCUGGAUUUUUUUAAAGUCGGUAGCUAAUGUGAAACUCAGUUGAGCAUAGCUUCGAUCCCUUGGUCUGGGGCUGAAAGAAGAUGGUGCUGUUAUCAGUGGGAAAAUGUACUACUUAAGAUCAGCUUUGGUGUAAAACCGUUUGUUCUGGAAUAAAACACAAUUGGAAAAGUG